CUCACGCCACUCGCUACUACCAUUGUCUCACUGAUCGUCCUCUCAACUUCAAGUGUCAUUUCAACUCCUCCUCCUGCAUUGUUUCUAUAAAUAUCGUACAAACAAGUUCAACAAACAUUUAUAAUUCAACCUUUUCAACAGUUCAAUUUGUAUGAAUUAGAAAAGUGCCAGUGGUGUAAAAUAAAAAUGGACGCGCAACAAUUUCGGGAAUUUGGCAAAGCGGCCAUCGACCUCAUGGCCGAUUAUGUUGAAAACAUCAGAGAUCAUGACGUCCUUCCUUCUGUUGAGCCUGGUUACCUGAUAAAUGCCUUACCUCAGGAUGCUCCCGAGCAACCAGAAGAUUGGAAAGACAUCCUUAAAGACUUCAAUCAAACCAUUAUGCCUGGUAUUACGCACUGGCAGUCCCCACAGUUCCACGCGUUUUACCCGACCGGUUCAUCUUAUGCAAGCAUCGUUGGAAACAUAUUGGGUGAUGGCCUGUCUGUCAUUGGACUGAGCUGGCUGUCAAGUCCAGCAUGCACUGAGCUCGAGGUUCUAACUUUGAACUGGUUGGGAAAGCUGCUUGGUCUGCCUGAAGAAUUCCUGCAUUGUUCCAGUGGGCCUGGUGGGGGCAUUAUUCAGGGCUCCGCAAGUGAGGCGACGUUAGUGGCACUCCUAGCGGCCAAAGAUAAAACUGUACGAAGGAUCACCAAAACUGAUCCAACUCUGGAUGAAGACUAUAUUAAACCAAAAUUAGUAGCUUAUACAUCUGAUCAAUGCAACUCUUCAGUAGAGAAAGGUGGAUUAUUGGCAUCUAUGAAAAUGCGUCUCCUUAAAACGGACAACGACGGUAGACUUCGUGGAGAAACCCUCAAAAAUGCAUUUGAAGAGGACAAAGCUCAAGGUCUGAUACCGUGUUGUGUCAUUGCAAACCUUGGUACCACCGGAACCUGCGCGUUUGACCCAUUAUACGAACUAGGGCCAGUGUGCAACGAAGCAGACGUGUGGCUCCACGUGGAUGCCGCCUACGCAGGAGCAGCAUUCAUGUGUCCCGAAUACAGGCACUUGAUGAGGGGCAUCGAAUUGUCCGAUUCUAUUGACAUAAACGCACACAAAUGGAUGCCUGUUACUUUUGAUUGUUCUGCAAUGUGGCUCAAAAAUGGAUAUGACCUUGUAAGGGCGUUCAACGUUCAGAGGAUUUAUUUGGACGAUAUCAAGACAGAAAACAAGAUUCCUGACUAUCGACACUGGCAGAUACCUCUUGGUCGCAGAUUUAGAGCUCUUAAAUUGUGGACCACUAUGAGGAUUUAUGGCGCAGAAGGUCUUAGGAAACAUGUGAGAGAUCACAUAACUCUGGCCCAAUAUUUUGCUAAAUUGGUACGCACUGACGACAGGUUUUUGGUUGAGCCAGAGCAAUCUAUGGGACUAGUGUGCUUCAGGUUAAAGGAAGGAGAUAUUAUGACGAAAAAACUACUAGAGAAUAUAACUGACAAGAAAAAGCUUUACAUGGUGGCUGGUAGUUACAAUGGCAGGUAUAUGAUUAGAUUUGUAAUCUGCUCUCGUUUGACGAAGAAAGAAGACGUGGACUUUGCUUGGAAUCAUAUUAAAGGAGAAGCAGACUUGCUUUGUUCAGACAAAGUACACACGAAAGCACAAAUACCGGCAAUCGAUCAAAUAGUGUUGAGAGAGAUAUGUGAGAAGUCUAAAUAGAAUAAACAUUUCACCUUAAGUGCAGUACGGGAGAUAUUGUAUACGAAAUAUGUGGUUGAGUUUAAUGUCAUUGUACUUAUUUGGUGUCUAGUGUUCGGAGGGAAACUUAGUUUAAUGUGAUAUAGGGAUUGACGUUGAAUCAAGUCGUAGUAUUAGGAAUUAAUUACAUUUGUACUUAGGAAUAGAAUAAGGUUGCCUAUUGUUAAUGAAACGCUUGUGAUCUGGCCUUUGAAAUGCCAUUAAAGAUCUAUUAGACAUAAUUAAAUAAAAAACCGUAUGACAACUACAUGUUUUAUUAUGAACUUAAAAAACUAUCAUUGGCGUCAUGUGUAUUUGUGUACCACUACUAACUACUACUAUUUAAAUGCAACUACAUGUAUGACUAACGCAGAUGCCGUAAGUGUAACCUUUUGGUAGACAAUGCUCCUGGCAAACAGCGUCCUCGUUUGCUUCUUCAAAAUCGCACGAAACGCGCCCCGGGAUCUUUGGCUCUGAAAUUUCAAAUAUACAUUCGUU